AUGGCCGUCUCUGGGGAAUCCACAAUAACAUUCUCAAUCCAGUCUAUAAUCAACGACACCACCAGCUACGAGCAUACUAAACAUCCUUACUAUCCACUGGAUGCUAGCGUUGCCGGCUAUGUGGCUAAUGAGUCGACUGUCUUGUCACUCCUGGGUUCUUUCGUUGCUGGUUGCAUGGCACUUUUCGGUUUUACCUAUCUGGUUGUCAGAAAGGUGAAUCCCAGACUGUCCACCACUGAAAUCAGUACCGUCAUGUGGUUUGUUCUGUGUGGCUGCAUACACUUGUUCUUCGAAGGUUACUUUGCAUAUAAUCAUACGAACAUGGGAGGAUUGCAGACGUUCUUUGGACAGCUUUGGAAAGAGUACGCAUUGUCAGAUUCCAGGUACUUGACACAAAAUGUGUUUGUGUUCUGCGUCGAGGCCAUGACUGCCGUGCUAUGGGGUCCACUCAGCUUUGUGGUUGCGGUGUUGAUUACGAUUGACCAUCCACUAAGACAUCCGCUCCAAGCGGCAGUGAGUCUUGGGCAAUGCUAUGGUGAUCUUCUCUACUACGCUACCAGUAUGGCCGACUACUACUAUCUUUCCAUUGAGUACUCGCGACCAGAGGCAUAUUAUUUCUGGGCUUACUUUUUUGGAGCCAACUUCGUUUGGAUCGUGAUACCUUUUGUCUUACUGUACAACAGUGUCAAGUUCAGCGCCGAUGCAAUUCGACAAACACAAACACUUGGAAUCUCGAAGAAGACCAUAGAGCUAGGAAACUAG